UAAGGAUUUCGCUGAAUACUAUCGUGAAAGAGUAGCGGUAGCAGAAACUUAAAUCUGCAAUUUCGUGCCGCCAUUGCGAUUUUUCAAGUUCAUACCAAGUCGAGGAGUGUAGUGGAGUAGACUCAUCAAUGGCGCAGCUUCCAAUCCUCCAAUUUGAGGAGAAAAUCAUCGAAACAGUGGAGCAGAAUCCAGUAGUAGUCGUAAUUGGAGAAACAGGCUCUGGGAAGAGCACUCAGCUCUCUCAAAUGCUCCACCGGAGAGGAUAUACAAAGUCCGGUAUAAUCGGCGUCACUCAGCCUCGCCGAGUUGCCGCUGUUUCUGUUGCUAGACGAGUUGCAGAGGAGCUCGGCGUGCAUCUUGGCGAGGAAGUUGGAUAUGCCAUUCGUUUCGAGGACAGAACUUCAGAAAGGACUCGAAUAAAAUACCUCACUGAUGGAGUCCUCCUUCGCGAAAAUCUUUCUGAUCCCGAGCUUGGUCAAUAUUCAGUUAUCAUAUUGGACGAGGCUCACGAGAGAAGCCUAAAUACAGACAUAUUGAUGGGGCUCGUGAAACGAUUAAUCAGACUGCGUAUCUCCAAUUUGAAGGUUCUUAUCACUUCAGCAACUCUAGAUGGGGACAAAGUAUCCAAGUUCUUUUCAAAUUGCCCUGUGCUAACAGUGCCUGGAAAGUUGUAUCCCGUUGAGAUUUUGUAUGGCAAUGAACGUCCAAAGAGCUACCUUGAAUCAUGUUUAAAAACAGCUAUUGAUAUACAUACCCAAGAACCAGAGGGGGAUGUUCUCAUUUUCAUGACUGGACAGGAUGACAUAGAGAAGUUAGUAUCAAAGUUGGAGGAAAAAGUUUACAAUUUAGAAGAAGGAUCUUGCAUGGAUGCUAUAAUUCUCCCCCUUCAUGGUUCAUUGCCACCAGAACUGCAGGUGCGUGUAUUCAGUCGUCCACCUCCAAAUUGUAGGAGAUUUAUUGUAGCAACAAAUAUUGCUGAAACUUCUUUGACUGUUGAUGGUGUUGUGUAUGUCAUUGAUUCUGGUUAUGUCAAGCAACGGCAAUACAAUCCAUCAACUGGCAUGUACUCCCUUGAUGUUGUACAAAUUAGCAAAGUGCAAGCAAAUCAACGUGCUGGGCGAGCUGGAAGAACGCUCCCUGGGAAGUGCUAUAGGUUGUACACUUCCAUGGAUUAUCAAGAGGAAUUCUUGGAUGUAACAGUUCCUGAAAUACAACGCUCUUCUCUUGCUGGCAGCGUUCUUUAUUUGAAAUCAUUGGACCUUCCAGAUAUCGAUAUUCUCAGAUUUGAUUUUCUUGAUCCCCCCACCUCUGAGUCUUUAGAAGAUGCACUGAAGCAGCUAUAUCUUAUUGACGCUAUUGAUGAAAAUGGAUCUAUUACUAGUAUUGGGCGAACCAUGGCUGAGCUUCCACUAGAACCUUCACUCUCACGAACCUUGAUAGAGGCGAAUGAGUAUGGUUGUAUAUCCCAGGCUUUGACUGUUGCUGCAAUGUUAUCAGCAGAGACGACAUUGCUUCCUAAUCGCAGAAAGAAUACUGAUAAGAAGAGGAAGCACAGUUCCUUGGACCUUCCUGAUGGUUCAGGCUUGGGUGAUCACAUCCAAUUGCUACAGAUAUUUGAGGUCUGGGAUCAAAAGAAGUAUGAUGUUAGCUGGUGUAAAGACCACGAUUUGCAGGUAAGAGGGAUGUUGUUUGUCAAAGAUGUACGAAAACAGCUCUGUCAAAUAAUGCAGAAAAUAGCAAAAGGAUCAUUAGACGUAUGGACAUCCAGAAACCAAAAGGAGAGUCAACAAGAGUACUGGAAUUUGAGGAAGGCUUUAUGUGUUGGUUAUGCCAAUCAACUUGCAGAGAGAAUGAUUCAUCACAAUGGCUAUCGAACUCUUAAUUUUAAGCCCCAAGUUGUUCAGGUGCAUCCAUCGUCGGUUCUGAAGCCAGAUGAAGAGGGGAAAUUUGCUGACUAUGUUGUGUACCAUGAACUGAUUACAACAUCACGACCCUAUAUGCGCAAUGUAUGUGCAGUACAGGUUGAUUGGGUUAUGCCCACUUUAAACAAGGUUAAGAAUUUAAACGUAAACAAAUUAAGUGGUAGCAGUGUUGAUCUUACGAGUGAGACGGUGGAGGGCAAUGUCAUAAACUCUCCAACGAAAGAAGAUGGUAGUGCUGCAUCAACUCUUGAUGGCCGUGAAAACAAAAUUCAGGCUGCUAGAGAACGAUUUCUUGCACGGAGAGGGAAAAAAUGACACCGAGCCGUGUGAUAAAACAGCAGGAUUCAUACAUGCUAGUGAGUUAAUUCUUUAAGAUCGUGGAGCCUGGAAAACACGAGCAAAUUGACCACACUUGUGGCUGCUUGUGCUUGUUGCUCACUUUUCGGGCCCACCGACCGACCCGGUUUUUCCAUAGUUUCAUCAAAGCUUGUGGAAGGCCCUGGUAAGUGCAUCCUCUGGCGGAUUGGGCUUGUUGUCUUCUUUUUUGUUCUUAUGUUACCCUGCUCUGCAAAGUGUUUCGCGGUCAACAGACAUAACUUUAUCCAGUAUCUAGUGCCCAAUGGUUUGGCAGAUUGGGAGAGAAGAGACAGACUUAUUUCACGCCUAACAGUCUCACGAAGAGUUUUGCCUCUGCAACCUAUGGCUACAAAAUAGAAUGGAAACAAGAUUCGGCCGCGAUACUGAGUAUCAUAAAAGCUAUGCUUUCUUACUCUUCUCCAAAUCUGUUAGUUUCCCUGCAUCUUUACCCUCUGAAAUUUUAAAUCCGCAGCACGGCAAGUGGUCUUCAUACAAAACUUGAAACCUUGCUUGAAUAGAAAGGUAAAACUGUUUAUGCUUCAUUUUUAGUAUCAUAGUCAUAGAAGUAGCUUUUUUUUUUCUUUUUUUUUUUGAAUAUCAGGUAAGAGCGGAGAUUCGAAUCUUUUGACCUUUUAGUCGAGGAUAUACCCUCAAUCAAUUGACCUAUGCUCAUGUUGGCUUAUAAAAGUAGCGGUUUUGGCUUGGAGAAUAGCAUGUUGUAUCACAUUUGUGAUUGGAUUAUGCUUUUCUAGCUAGGUGAAACUGUUCUAAGAAAUUCAAUUAUAAUAUUUUAAUGUAUUAUAUGAAA